AUGGCUGACGCCUACUGCGAAAAGCUAUUGAGCACUUACGUCGGCGAUGAUCCCGUGUUUGUACGAUGGGAGGGCACUAGUGUUGACUACCGAUUGCUGAAGCUAUGGGAAGAAAAGCGUUGGUCAAAACUUGCCGCUGCCGUCGAGACCUGCCAAGGUCUCCGUGCUCGGACAUCUUCGAUGAUAGUCAGCAAGUCUAUGUCUCAGAGCGACCUCAACGCUCGUACUGCUUUGGUCGGUGGAGUCACACUGCUAAGAGGUGCCGCACUCUCGAACAGCCGCAGCCACUUUGUCACCACUGAGACGUCGUUGUCCAACAUCUCACAAUUUGGACAGCAGCUGCUCCGCGCGAAGCCUGUGCUAGUCGCAGGUGCGCCAGGCAGUGGUAAAACGUCUGUCAUCAUGGAAGCAGCUCGACUGCUCAACAAAGAGGCCUCACUAAUAACACUCCAUCUGAACGAACAGACAGACGCCAAGUCUCUGAUCGGCAUCUACACUACUUCAACCAAGGAUGGCUCCUUCGUCUGGCAGCCUGGUGUGCUGACGACCGCUGUCCAGCAGGGUCAUUGGGUUCUGAUAGAAGACAUCGAUCGGGCACCAGCAGAAGUUCUUGGUGUCCUUCGACCUCUCGUUGAGAAUGGGUCGCUGUUCAUUCCUAACCAGCGAAAACGUGUCAAGGCCGCUGACGGUUUUCGUAUUAUUGCGACCAUACGCGCCUCCUCCGAGAACUCUCAGUCAAUAUCCUCGCGCCAUGCGUGGCUGACCAGCAAACGUCUAUGGUCUUCCAUGAUGUUUGAGUCAUACGCGAUCAGUGAGGUAGAAGAGAUAGUUGUUGGACGGUUUUCCGCGCUUAAACCCAUAAGUGCAAAUGUCUUCGGAGUACAUGAGAGCCUGAUAGACUUGUAUCGUCACGAUCCUGCUUUCAAAGCUGCCCAAGGCCGGCCUCCAGCGCUCAGAGACCUCCUGAAAUGGUGCCAGCGGACCGCCCGCAGACUUCAAGACAGUGAUACUGUGCUCGGCAACGGCACAGCGAUCCCAGAGAACUUCGCUGGGAACACAUUUAAGGAUGGUCUCGACUGCUAUGCAGCCCAUCUCAGCGAGCCAGUGUUGUACAACAAGAUAGCCAUGUUGAUUGCCAAGGCCAUGAACAUUUCUUCCAGUCAAGUCGAAUUCUACAACAGCCCAAUCGAAAAUAUCGUCACCGAAGACUCGCUGUCUCUGAGAGUUGGACGAAGCACGAUAACGAAGCUUCCUGGCCGCAACAGCCAUAGCAAGCGAAAGCCGUUCGCAAAUACUACAGCUUCUCGACGUGGUCUGGAGGGCAUCGCAGCUAGCAUUGAUUUCUACGAGCCUUGCUUACUGGUUGGCGAGACUGGUGUUGGGAAAACAUCGCUAGUCCAGCACAUCGCAAGCUUGGUUGGUCAGAGCUUGACUGUGGUGAAUCUCUCACAACAGAGUGAAGUAUCAGAUCUCCUGGGCGGGCUGAAGCCUGUCACAGCGGAGUCUCUUGUGGUGCCGCUGGUUGAGACAUUUUCUGCCUUGUUCAGCGAUACCUUCUCGGCCAGCCGCAACGAGAAAUUCCAGUCCGCAGUGAACAAGGCGGUUUCUAAGCAGAGUUGGGCUCGACUUCUCAAGCUCUUCCACGAAGCUAUACAGACCGCUAAUGCGGCUCUGAACAAACCACUUGAUCCUCAACAACCGCAACCAUUCCGAGAGCCUGCCGCAAAGAAGCGUAGGCUCGACAACCCGAAGCGCGAGAGCCUGCGCGAGAGGUGGCUGCUGUUCGACAACGAUUUGAAGAAGCUUCAGAGCCAGAUCGGAAAAAGUGAAGACAGUCAGGCGUUCGCUUUUGUCGAGGGUCGUCUGGUCCAAGCCGUGCGGCAUGGCGAGUGGCUGCUCCUUGAUGAAAUCAAUCUUGCUUCUUCCGAUACACUCGACCAUAUCGCAUCAUUGCUGGGCGAUGCGAACGGCGCACGCCCUUCGAUAUUGCUUGCAGAAGCCGGCAAUGUCGAAAAGAUCGUUGCUCAUCCAAAUUUCAGACUUUUUGCCGCCAUGAAUCCAGCCACCGAUGCUGGCAAGAAGGAUCUUCCACUUUCGCUAAGAGCACGCUUUACAGAGUUAUUUGUGUACUCUGGUGACGAGAACGCAGAAGAUCUGGUGCGGAUCAUCCAGUCAUAUCUCGGCGCAAUCUUGAGCAGCGACAAGAGAGCCGCACUGGACCUCGCUCGUACGUACCUUGGAGUACAGCAGCUCAACUGGGAACACCGCUUGACUGAUGGUGCUGGUGACGCCCCGCACUUCAGCAUACGUUCCCUCGUCCGUUGUCUGAUGUAUGUCAUUGAACACGGUCGAAGCCACGGCAUCCGCCGCAGCAUGUAUGAAGGAUUCGCCAUGAGCUUCUUCACCGCCCUGAGUCGCGACUCAGAAGCUUUGUGCUUUCCGGUCGUCGAGAAGCACUUAUUGUCCAGUAUCAAGAAUGUCAAAUCUUUCCUAGCACAGCAGCCCAAUUUAGCCCAUGUCGAAGGCGAGUUCGUCGCGUUUCGCCACCAUUUGAUCAGUAAGGGCUCGAAUAGUCCCGACCUCCAACCCAACUAUAUUCGUACGCCUUCGGGACCCACCUCUGCUGGCAAGACUAGCAUGGUCGAAUAUCUCGCCAGGCUGUCCGGCAACGAGUUUAUCAGGAUCAACAACCACGAGCAUACAGAUUUGCAGGAGUACCUGGGAAGUUAUGGGUCAGACGAUGACGGAAAGCUGCGUUUCAAAGAAGGAGUGCUUGUCAGCGCUCUCCGUCAUGGUCACUGGCUCGUGCUCGACGAACUCAAUCUGGCUCCAAGCGAUGUGCUUGAGGCUUUAAAUCGGCUACUGGACGACAAUCGAGAGCUUCUGAUCCCUGAAACACAACAGAUUGUCCGCCCACACAAGAACUUCAUGCUCUUUGCUACACAGAAUCCGGCUGGACUCUACGGUGGACGCAAACGCUUUUCAAGAGCAUUCCGCAACCGCUUCCUAGAGAUUCAUUUCGACGACAUUCCGGAAGACGAGCUCGAGAUCAUACUACGCGAGCGUGCUCAAAUUGCUCCGUCGUUUUGCACACAGAUCGUGGCUGUGUACAAGAAGUUGUCACUCCUCAGGCAAUCGUCGAGGUUGUUUGAGCAGCGAAACAGCUUUGCGACCUUGCGAGACCUUUUCAGGUGGGCAUCGAGACCUGUCGAUGAUCGUCAACAACUGGCAAAGCAUGGCUUCAUGCUCCUCGCGGAACGUGUCAGAGAGCCCUCGGAGCGAGAACUUGUCAAAGAAGCGAUCGAGGAGACCCUGAAGAUCAAGCUCGAGACGGACGAUAUAUACAGCGCUGACGCCCUUCCUGCGGCGGUGCAGGAAGCAGACAACAUCGUAUGGACGUUAGCGAUGAGGCGUCUGUAUGUGCUCGUUUCCGAAGCACUUAAAAACAAUGAGCCAGUACUCCUGGUUGGGGCAACAGGCUGUGGUAAAACGCAGAUAUGUCAGGUUGUGGCAGCAGCCUCCGGAAGACCACUCAACAUCUACAACGCGCACACCAAUACAGAGACUGGUGAUCUGAUCGGCUCUCAACGGCCUGUUCGUUCUCACGCCCAACUCGAGAGCGAUGUCCUCGACAGCAUCAGGCCUUUGAUGUCGACAAAUAAUGGUGCUCUAACGGACGACGAUCGAGGCGUGGAAAGCCUCAUGUCAAAGUUCUCGCACAUCGACACCAAGACACUGAAGCCCGAAGCAGUCAAAAAGGCACGAGAUGCGAUCGCUGCCUACCGAUCUUUGUUCGCCUGGAGUGAUGGAAGUCUGGUACGCGCUAUGAAGCUCGGCGAACAUUUCCUGUUGGACGAGAUCUCUUUGGCGGAUGACUCGGUGCUUGAACGACUCAAUAGCGUACUGGAGCCUGCUCGUACGAUUGUCCUGGCUGAGAAGGGCUCCGUUGACAAUGUUGUCGUUGCUCACCCUAAAUUCCAAUUUGUCUCCACGAUGAAUCCUGGCGGAGACUAUGGAAAGCGGGAGCUGUCAGCGGCUUUACGAAAUCGAAUGACUGAGAUCUGGGUUCCGCCAUUGUCGCAGGAGAAUGACGUGCUGCCAAUAGUCCAGAAGUCGCUCAAGGACAGAGCGAGGUUCCUUGCCCCGUUGAUGCUCAAGUUCACCCAGUGGUUUCUGACGACAUUCAAUCCUCUCAGCAGCACGAGCAUACCCUUGAGGGACUUGUUGUCAUGGACACAGUUCAUCGACACGCAGGACCAGCUACCGGCCGAGCACGCAUUCGUCCAUGGUGCGAGUCUGGUGUUUCUGGAUUCCGUUGGUGCGAAUCCUGCUGGUAUGACAGCCUCGACGAUUGGCAACAUCAGCAAUGCUCGUCUACAGUGUUUGGCAUUUCUUCAGGAACUUGUUGUUAUCGACGUAGCGGACCUGUACAACGCACGACCAGAGCUGUCCGCUACAGACGCCAUCAUCAGUGUCGGCCAAUUUGGACUGAGACGUGCGCACAGCGGCAUCAAGACACCAACAGAGCUCGUUUUCGAUGCGCCGACAACUCUGAAAAACAUGAUGCGCAUCGUCCGUGCACUGCAACUUGACCGUCCGGUUCUGCUGGAAGGCAACCCGGGUGUCGGAAAGACCGCCAUAGUCACAGCACUGGCUCAAGUCGUCGGUCAGAAGCUUACUCGCAUCAACCUUUCCGAUCAGACUGAUCUCAUGGACCUCUUCGGCGCCGAUGCUCCUACCACAAACGAAGGCCUUGGAAACUUCGCGUGGCAGAACGGCCCUCUGCUGCAAGCCAUGCAAGAUGGUGCAUGGGUUUUGCUAGACGAAAUGAAUCUUGCAUCGCAGUCUGUGCUUGAAGGGCUGAAUUCUUGUCUUGACCAUCGAAAGGAAGCGUAUAUUGCGGAGCUCGACAGAACUUUCUCCUGCCAUCCCAACUUUCGGCUCUUCGCAGCACAAAAUCCACACCAUCAAGGCGGAGGUCGCAAAGGUCUGCCAGCUUCUUUCGUCAAUCGAUUCACAGUAGUCUACGCAGAUCCGUUCGAACAAGAAGAUUUGAUGCGGAUCUGCAAGGCAAACUAUCCCGAAGUCGACCCACAACAUCUGACAACAAUCAUCCGAGUGGUGUCCGAGUCAGAUCAGAUCAUGCACCACCAGCCAUUCUUUCAGGAAGGUGGACCGUGGGAGGUAAACCUGCGCGAUGUUAGCCGCUGGCUUGCACUUUCCAAACAGCACUCAGGUCUCAAUCCCAUGUACCACUUCGAUACUGUCGUGGCUUCCCGUUUUCGAACCACGAAGCAAAAAGAUGCCCUUGCAGCUGUUCGUGCGGACAACGAGGGCAAUGCACCUCCUGUGAGCACCUACACGAGGCUGAGCCGAAGCGAGCUCAAGAUAGGCAUCGCACUUCUGCAACGUGAUGACUUAUUACAACACAUCGCAGGCACGUACGCUAUUUCGCCGUCAGGACUACCAGCAGCUCGAUCCAUCGUGACAGCGCUCCAGUUUGGUUGGCCUGUCAUCGUCUCUGGCCCAGUCAAUGUUGGCAAGACCGAACUGAUUCGUAGUCUGGCCGCCACGAGUGGCAGCAAGCUGGUGGAGUUCUCAAUGAACGCAGACAUCGACACAACAGAUUUACUUGGCGGCUUUGAGCAGUAUGAUCCUGACAGAAAUCUGCAAGCUAUCCGUCACCGAUUGAUCGCUGUUCUGCACGAGGCACUCGUACAGGGUCUGGCUCAGGAAAUAUCUGUGGACCGUGUGAUCCCGCUAUUGAAAGCAUGGACGACUACAGGUGAUGAGAAUGUUUUGCCUGGGCAGCUAUUGACCGUUGUUUCUGGCUUGAAUUCGCCGAAGCUACAGCCAUUCGUCACUGAGUUGCGGUCACUAGUCGAUGCCAACACUGUGGCCCGCAAACGACAGUUUGUCUGGAACGAUGGCAUUCUCCUCGACGCCAUUCAGGAUGGGUCUUGGGUUGUACUUGACAAUGCCAACUUGUGUAAUGCCUCUGUACUGGACCGACUCAACUCUUUACUGGAGACUGACGGUCACCUUGUGAUAAGCGAACAACACAGCACCGACGGCACGGGUCCUCGACUCGUCAGGCCGCAUCCUGCUUUCCGCAUCUUUUUGACCACGGACCCCAAGUAUGGCGAAUUGUCGCGUGCCAUGCGCAAUCGGUCGCUAGAGGUCUAUAUUUCUGAACCCAUGCGACCGGACGAGACGGUGGGGUUAGUCAGAUAUCACGAGAGUGCUAGACUAAGUCGGCUGCGCGACCUGGCCUUGCGGGACGAGCUCCCAGAAGAACUGGUCGACGCCUAUAUCAACAAUCUGGACCACGACGACGUACAGCUCAUUCGGGUAGGGACGCACGAUCUGUUGAACCCGGCCCUGAGUGCGUCACUGAGUGCGAAUAACGCGUUGCUCCAGCAAAUGCAGCACUCUCGUUCACCUCUUUGGCGUGUUAUGUUGUCUGAGAUGGACAUGCAUACUGCGACGUUUCCUAGGAACAUGCAGCCAUUCUUAUGGUUGCUGAAUGAGCCUGACUUCGCAAGCAUUAUCCAACAGAAAGGUCUCGAGCAGCUGAGACCAUACCACAGAAUCUGGCAGCUUGGAAUGCUCACGUCGAGGAUGCAGCUAUUGAUGGGACGAGUGGUACAAAAGGCUGAGUCUCUGGGAGUGAAAGACCUUUCAGUCCUGGAAAGGUCGGCAGUCGUGACGAAGAACAAGAAAAUUGAUGCCGUUAGUACGCCUGCCGUUUUCGCUUUCAGCCAAGCGGUGAUGAGGCAAAUAGUCCAGUUUCUUUCUUCGCUCACGCCUGAAACCAUUUCGGACGCAUACGCUUUUGAGCAGAUGGCCAACUUCAUCGCGGAUCUGAUGGCUCUGGCAGAUGGAACCGACUUGGAUCUCCCACGAUUGCAAGCAUUCCUCCAGAUCGGGCAAGAGAUCUCCAGCCAUCCAGACAGUCAACAGGGCCCUCUGCGAAACUUUUCCGAGGCUCUUCAGGUGUUCGACAUCUCUCGCCUGGAGUAUGGGCGGGCACUACAAGCGAUGUGGCCCGUCUGGUCGCCCAAGGUUCCGCAGAAUCUCCCUCAGCUCGAGAUCAAAAUGGCGUUAGAAGGUCUGCUUCGGCUGUUGGAUGAAAACAUCAUUGCAAGAUCACAGCGUCGGAUGGAUUUUGUGGAAGUCAAGAAGGGACUCCUCGAUGCUGCUCUCACUGCAUGGUCAUCUGAUGACAGCCCGACUGGAGUGAAGCAACUUUCCGCAUCCGUUCUGGCUCUCGAGCAGCAGGCGUCGGUCUCAAGGCAGGUUCCCAUCCAUUUCGAAGAGAGCUUCCUACAAAUGUUCGACAGGCUGUCAAGCCAGGAAAUUCUGAUGCACAGCGGCGCGGUACUGGAUCUGAUGCCGUUCGUAGACUGUCGCCGUCUGCUUACGGCCGCAAGUUGUGCAAAUGGCUCUCAUGAGAAGGCCCUAGGUGAAUUAGCUGCUCUCUACAGCAAUUACGAUGACAACGGGUCACAACUGACUCAUAAACUGCUCGAAGGUCUGGCUGGGGCGACUUCGCAGCCAUUGAGAGCCUUGCAGACUACACGAGAGGAGAUUGUUCAGAUCAUACGUACGGUCUCAAAGACAUCGUCUACUUUGAGUCGCAGCACACUUGAGGUCGUCCUAAGAAACACCUCAAAGCUCGCUCUCAAUGUCUUCAAGAGCCAUGCGCAUAUCUUGACAGAUGUUCAGCACACCUGGAUGAAUGAAAACGACGAACUCAACCUUCGAGAGUUACUGAACGCUGCAUCUUCACCUCCACCCUUACCGUCGCAGUACGAGUGGUUCGCGGAAGUCAUGCAGAUGCACCUUGUGCCGGCACUGCGCUUACUAUCGAGCAUCGCCGCGACCCCUGACGGCUCUCAAACACAUGUCAUUGGCCUUGCUCUUGCCCAUGUGACCACCGCAGCACUGAUCAUGGUGGUUCCUGACAAGCCUUUCGACCCUGCUCUAUUGCCACAGGUGGAAGCAAAGCGCCACGCACUGCGAAGAAACGAGCUCAUGCGCAAGGUUGAUGCUCAGAGAAUGUUCGAUGUUCGCAACUCAGGCUCGCAAAGCAGUCUCGUUGGCCGUCUUCGUCAGACUGAAAAGUCAAGCCUUGGCAGAGUCCAGGAAGAGUUCAACCUGGUCAUCAGAGGCAUUUUGCAAUCGCCGGCUCUGUCCAACAUGCUUCGUACCGGCGGUACGGAGCUCGAUUUCCAGGAUGCAGGGCGCUUGCGCGAGAGCAUUGCUCGGAUAGCUGGAAGAAUGGACAAGCUCGAUCGUGCUUACGACGACCUCGUGGUCCCCGUCGUCCAGUUGCUAUCGUGUCUAGGACUUGGCAUUGAGCUUUUACAGCAGAAGGACGUUCGUGUACCCCCCGACCCCAAGCUAAUAUCCCAUCUACCUAUGGCCGGUGCCACACCUCGAAAUACUGUUCAUUGGCCAUUGCAAGGGUUGAAGAAGAGCAAUCAUGACCGCUUCCUCUGGCUGGAGCAUCACGCUGUGAAGCAUGCUGUCGAGAUCGGCAGUGCAGCCAAACAUCAUCAAGGUGAUCUGCAGGAUUACCUGACAGUCUUGGACUCCUUCUACGUCCAAUGGAAGGAGCGACUUUCCAAAGACCAAACACAGGCUGAGUCUAAGUCGCGUUACUAUGCUUAUCGUGGCGAAGAAGACGAAGACCCUGACGCAGACCAACGAGAAAUGGCUGAUAUGUUCCCUGUGUUUGAUGAUAGCGAUGACACUCGGAGAAUUGACGGUGAAUCCUCUCAGUCGGACUCUACGAGCACCGCUUUGAGACUUGCGCAGUUUCAGCGAAGAAUGUUUGGAAGUAAGGACUGCAUCGCACCCGAGGUCCUACUUGAGGUGGCAGUCACUCAGUCCAGCAGCGAGUCAUCAUCGUCGCGCUCAUCAUUCCAGCAAGCUUUGCCCGCUUUGUUUCUGCAGCUCGAAGCCCGAAGCAGCUCCCUUAACCAGCCAGAUCAAGCAGAGAGAUUCAACAUCUACACGGACCACAACGUCAAAGAAAUCGAGAAGCUGCAGACUCUGGUCGCAGAUGUCUACUCUCGAUUUGCCGAAAUACACGAGCAUUGGCCAGAACAUGCCGUGCCCGUUGAGGUCCACGCAAUCUGUGAUGACUUGCUGGACUUCACACUUCUGACGCCUCUCGCCAAGCUACUCACCAAAACCGAAAAAUUGCUCGAUAGCGUGGCUCAGUGGCAGAGUGUUGCCAGCCGCGAGUGGUCUGUCGCCAAUCUACAAGAAGAGAUCACGGCCUUGAUAGUCAGCUGGAGACGUCUUGAGCUGUCUUCAUGGUCUAGGCUGUUAGAUAUCGAGAAGCAGAAACAUGAGGACAACGCUGCAUCAUGGUUCUUCAUUGCUUACGAGGCCAUCCUCUACAACACUCGCGCUGUUGCGGACAGCAAUGGCGAUGAUCGCGCGUACUGCUUUGAGCUGGUGAAAACGCUGGAGGAGUUUCUGAAGAGCGCGACUCUUGGGCAGUUCUCGCCUCGACUGAAUCUAUUGCACAGUAUGGCUGUCACACUUACAGCGAUGGGCCAGGAUGACUCGAGACUGCAGCGUAUAGCAGCAGCAGUCAGUCAUGUGCUUGCUCACUAUGGUCGUUAUGCCUCGAAUGUGGAAAAGAAUGUGACCAUAGGCCGAGCCGAUCUCGAGAAGGCCGUCAUCGAACAGAUCAAGUUGGCGAGCUGGAAAGACACUAACGUCACUGCACUCAAGGAUAGUGCUAGGCGCACACAUUACAAGCUGUUCAAGAUUGUCAAGAAGUACCGAGCACUUCUAAAUCAGCCGGUCGCCACUUUCACGUCGGAAGGGCUAAGGUCUAGCACAACGGAGCGGCCUGUACUCAGCGAAGCUGCCCCUCACGACGCUCAGUCCGCUCUCGCGACUUGCGCCGCAAGCUUCUCGGACUGGCAACUUCGGCCGGCGCGAUUGACGAGCCCAUCAAAUGCAGCGCUUGGAAUGCGGCGUGUGUACCUGGCCCAGCAGGGCGAUCUCAAUGUGUCCAAUGAGCUCGAAUCGCUCAGAGUAGAUUUAUCAAAGUCGAUCCAGGAGCUUCGGAAAGAAACACCAUCGAGCCUCACCGAUGAGACGUCGGCAUUGGUCAAGCACCUCCGAGAACGGAAACGACGACUAUUCACUGACACGAUCAAGGACGUCACACACAUGGGCAUUCGCCGAAACUUGGCUAUGACUGACCUGGGCAAACAGGCUGAUACUGCGACUGUCUUGAGUACCAUGCCCCAGAUCCCAAAGUUCGCGACCCUGUCGGGGCACGUCGAAAGUGACUAUGCGCUGCACGAGCUCUUGGAUUUGCUGCCAGCAGCGCGCAACGCACCUACCGAGCACACUCCUGAUCUGACCGAUGGCGAAAUCCGCAGAAGUGUGGGCCUCUUGGAGGGGUUGCUCCUCCAGUCACUCUCGCAGCGAGAGCGCAUCGCUAUCUUCAGUACGGCUAUACUUGAGUUGCGUGCCACAGUUGAUGGACUGUCGAGCCUCCACACAGAUGCAGAUAUCUUCCAUCGCUCGAGCCAUCAUAGCCGGGACAGCAACGCCAUUCAGAUCCGAGCGCAGUGGCUUCCAACGAUCCUCGAUGCCGCUGUUCGUGUUGUUUCCAUACAAGCAAAAUAUGGAGAGCUUGAUCUCUCGGCUGUCACGGCGAGGCUCACUUUAUCAGCAGGCAUUCUCAGGAGUCUCAGCCUGAGAAGAUCCCAGCUGUCACAAUUGCCAGAUGGACUGGUAAGCGAAUCGGCUCUACGAAUCGAUAAUGAGGUAGAGGCUGCGCUGCUAGAACUCGAGCAAGACAUAGUUCGACUUCAGUCGCUCGAGCCAGAAAUUGAGUAUCUUGUGCAGCAGUUGCUCCCCUGGGCAAGACUGGACGAUGUCAACCCGAAUGGACACGCCAAGGUCAAUGGGAUCAACCAUCUCGCGCUCAGCAGUAUUGAUCAAACUGUCCGAGACCUUGUCGACACGGUCUUCGUCGCUCUUCAGCAAUUAUCCAGCCUAAAGACCACCGCCGUCAACGAUACGGAGAGCGCAGGGUGGCUGAUUCAGCAUGAUCGUCGCUACAACGAAAUCGCUCGGGCUUUACACGUGUCUGACGUCAGUGAAAAGCUGUCCUCAGUGUUGUCAAAUCUACAUCAUCUACAGCCUGCAGAUCUCAGGAUCGCGAUAUCGCUGCUCGUGGUGGUCACACCGAUUUUUGAGCAGUUCAAACUCAUUGCUGAACAUUGUCUCACCGAGCAAAUUUCGGUACACGAGCAAACAUUGCGCCUCGCAUGCUUUCUCACCAAGUCGUUCACGAGCAUUGCCAAUGAAGGCUUCUGCACGCCUUCAGAUCCCCACGACGGGCAACAAGAAAGUGGCAAGCUCGAAAGCGGGACGGGUCUUGGUGAUGGCGAAGGAGCUCAAGAUAUCAGUAAAGAUGUCGGAGCAGAUGAGGAUCUGUCAGAGUUCGCGCAGGGCGAGCAGGAGGAUCAAGAUGGAGAGAUGGAAGAUGCCGAGGGCGCUGUCGACAUGGGAGCUGAUGAUCUUCAGGGGAAGAUGGGAGAAUCAGGCGAGCGUGACAGUGAAUGUACUGGCGAGAGUGGCAGCGAAGACGAAGGUCAAGAUCAGAUGGAUGAGGAAACUGGUAGUGUAGACGAUCUUGAUCCGACAGCGGUGGAUGAGAAGAUGUGGGACGAUGCGCAAAAGGAUGGCGAGGAGGAUCAAAAAGACCUCAAGGGCCAGAAACAAAAGGGCGAGAAGACCCAAGAGCAGACAGAAGCUGGUGGUGAGAAGGCUGAGGGCGACAACGAAGGCGAAGCGGAUGACGGUGUACAAGGAGAGGAUGAACUGGUCGAAGAGGAUGACAACACCGGUGAAGGAAAGGCUCAAGCCGAGAACAUCGAUCCCCAUCUGCAAGACGAGCAGGCUCUGGAUCUGCCAGAAGAGCUGCAGCUGAACGGAGAAGAGGAUGAAAAGGACGAUGAAGACGCAGAUGACAUCGACGGCAUGAGUGACGUGGAGCUGCCGGUAGACAAUGGUGAGAAAGAGCAGGUCGACGAUCUCGGUACGCCUGAUCGUGACGAGGAGGGCGUGGCUGAUCAGGACGAGACUGUCGCAGAAGAGGACGAGAACGCCAACCCCAUUGCAGACGACGAUGAGAUUUCUCCAGACCAGGAUCCGGACAACAACCAUGACGAUCAUGUGCAGCGCGAGGGAGAUAUGGAACUCGAAGAAGAUCCGCAGGCCGAAGGGGAGCAGGGCGCAGCCGAUCGGGUCCAGGACAAUAUUAAUCCCGAUCAAGACAUUGAGGGUCAGAACCAGAAUGAGCAGAUGAUGGACAAAGCUGAAGUUCAGAACGGCGCCACAUCGACUGACAACCAAGAACAGGGUGCAGACGGCACAGGUGCGACCGAGCGCGGCCACGGUCGUGAGGACAAGAUCGAGCGCCAGAAGAAAGAGGCCUUACGCAAGCUGGCUGAUGUGAUCGAACAAUGGCAUCAGCGACGUGAGAUACUUGACCCUGUCGAGGACGAUCCGGCUACCGAGGUAAAAGAGGACAUCGAUAUGCAAGAGGCUGACUUCGAGCAUCUUGAUGCCGACGACGCUCAAGCUGAUGCCCAAGCGCUUGGUGCUGCCGGACCCAACGAGACACAAAAUGUUGACAUGAGCAAAGCAAUCCAAGAUAAGGAGAUGUCAAUCGACCAUGAGGACACGAUGUUGCCGGACCCUCAAGAAGAAAUGAGCGAUGAGGUCCGCGCCGCCGAACGACUGAAUCGCUACAAGCGAACGCCAAUAACACAGCAGAUCGACGCGAAGACGGUGCGGUCGUCCCAGAGCAACUCGCUCGUUUCAGAGACAGCUGCCGAUGUUCAACAUCUGGACCUCGAUGCCACCACUCCUCCUUCUGGCUCAUCUCAAGAAACCGCCACCCAGCUCUGGCAACACUGCUCUCAAAUCACACACAGCUUCUCACUCAUUCUCACCGAGCAGCUCCGUCUCAUUCUGCACCCGACCACAGCUACCAAGCUCCGUGGCGACUUUCGAAGCGGCAAGCGUCUCAACCUCAAACGCAUCAUCCCAUACAUCGCCUCCGGUUACAAGCGCGACAAGAUCUGGAUGCGUCGCAGCGUGCCGUCCAAGCGCAAUUAUCAGAUAAUGCUGGCGAUUGACGACUCCAAGAGCAUGGCUGAAUCAGGUGCUGAUCUACUGGCUUUGCAGACGACCGCGCUGUUGUGCAAGAGUCUUGCGAUGCUGGAGGUCGGUGAGAUUGCUGUUGUGGGGUUCGGGGAUGGUAAAGACAAUGGUGAUAGAGGUGUGCACGUCGCGCAUGAGUUUGGGGACGUGUGGAAAGGGCAGGAGAGCGGCGUCAAUAUCUUUGGAAAGCUUGGCUUUCGUCAAGAGGGGACGGACGUCAAGCUGUUGGUGAGGAAGUCACUGGAGAUGAUGAGCGAGGCGAGAUUGAAGAAGGCCGGUGGUGGCGGAAGUGAGGAGUUGUGGCAAUUGAUGAUCAUCAUCUCGGAUGGACAUUGCAGCGAGCAUGAUGAGGUGAGGCGGUUAGUGAGGAAAGGGAAGGAGGAGAAGGUGUUGAUUGUGUUCGUCAUCUUGGACAACAUCAAUAUGGGUCAAAGUCACACAGACGGUGGCAGAGAAGGCACUUCUGCAUCGGAGAGCGUGGGUCAGAGCAUUCUCGACCUCAAGGAGGCGGUGUUUGAGGAAGACGAAGAUGGAGAGAUGAAGGUCACGACGAGGAGGUAUCUUGAGAGGUUCCCUUUCGAGUACUACCUUAUCGUCCGCGAUGUGAAGGAGUUGCCGGGCGUGUUAGGGCGGUGUUUGAAGGGAUGGUUCGGGGAAGUUAGUGGAUCGUGA